GGCAGGAAAACAGUUGCUCUCUCUUCAGGCCACCGCUUGGAAUUGUCAUCCAUCACCGUGAAAAACAACAUCCUGUGAGUUUGUUUCAAGCUUUCUGCCUCAUCACCUGCUUCAGAUAAGCUGUGCUCCAAGCUCUCCUGGGGAGGGUUUGUCCUUGGGGAGACAUGGCCUUCCGCAGCUGGAAGCGGCUCCUCCUCUUGGGCAGGCAGAACACCUUUGCCAAGGCUUGGAGGAGCAGGAGGGGAGGCCCCUCUCUGCGCUGGAAGCGCUGCUGCCAUUGGAACGCCGGCAAGUCUCUGGACCCCGAGGUGAGAGCGUUUUUGGAGGAGAACACGGAGGUCACCAGCAGCGGGCACCUCACGCCAGAGAUACGACUGCGCCUCCUCACCCCUCGCUGCAGGUUCUGGAGGGAAAAACCUGACCUGUGGCCUUAUGGGGACCCGUUCUGGGCAAUUUACUGGCCAGGAGGCCAAGCUCUCUCCAGGUAUAUUUUAGAUAAUCCACGCGUUGUUAAAGGACGAUCAGUUUUGGAUCUUGGAAGUGGAUGUGGAGCAACAGCAAUAGCUGCUGUGAUGAGUGGUGCGUCGCAAGUCCUUGCUAAUGACAUCGACCCUAUUGCAGGAAUGGCAAUGAUCUUGAACUGUGAACUGAACCACCUGAAUCCCUUCCCCAUCGCCAUUAAGAACAUCAUUAAUUCAGAGGCCGGCAACUGGGACCUCAUUGUUCUAGGAGAUAUGUUUUAUGAUGAACAACUUGCUGAUGGCCUGCAUCACUGGCUGAGGAAAUGCACCAGGAUACAGCAAACUGAAGUGCUGAUUGGUGACCCUGGCAGGCAUCAGUUUUUAAGCCACAGCAUUCGCAGUCAAUUGCACAAAGUUAUAGAAUAUUCACUUCCCGAGUAUACUAGACAAGAAAACAAUGGAUUAACAUCGAGUAUCGUCUGGAGUUAUCAGCCCUCAAAUAGCUUAGAAAACCGUUGAAGCUGGCUUUCUAAUGAAUUUUAUCUCACUUGGUUGGCUUUUUUUUGUAAGUAUGUAAAAUGAAAAUGGGAAUUAAACACAGAACAUAUCUGUUGAUGCAAAGUAGAUUACUGUACCUUCACUGUACUGAUUUCAGUCAUACUCACCAAGGCUUUCGCUCCGUUUGAGGUAAAAACUACAUGCAAACUGUAUUCAAAGGGGUCUGCACUGAAGUGCAAAUCCAAAGACAAGUUACAUGUAAGAGUUUGCAUGCCUGAUGUUUUUCAUGUAUAUUCAAGUCUUGCGCUCUGACACUAUUGUGAAAUGUUCUGGACGUCCAGCAUACUGCUGUGGGGAGAAGGCAGUGGCUGAAAGGUUACUGCGCUGCUUUCACAGACUUUUGCAGCUUAUUUACAGAGAAAAUUUUGCUGUCCUUCGUAAAACUCUCCACUAGAUUAUUAGCUCAUACUAUGCUCAACUUGAAGUGCCUUGCUCUCUUUCUGGAUAUCUCUUCUGAAUGUCAAAGUAACUAAUUUGAAUCUCCCCCUUCCCCUCUAUAAUAAAAAUAUAUUCUU